GCUUACUAAGUAGCUUCAAGUUGCUUGGAACACUGAUCAUGGCAUCAAAAGGAAUACCACUUCCUCUUCACGACACCCUACGAGACCUUGCUCUUCUGCGGGCUUCUUCUGUGGACCUCUCUGGUUUGAUUGCUGACGAUACGAUGUCCUCACAGGCUUCGAAAGAGGCUGAAGGGGUUGAAGAAUCCACAAUCCAAUCAUACGCGUUUGUGAGAGAAGUGCGGACAGCGUUGAGAAUGCACAAUUCAGGAGAAGCCCAAAAGCAAGCGACAAGGAUCGAGAAGGUACAAGUGGAGCUAGUAGAUGUGUUGAGAAGUUUAUCGGAUUGAGUAGCUGGUUGUGUUUCCGGGC